AUUAUUAUUAUUAUUAUUAUUAUAUCGAGUGGACAAAUAUUCUCCGUUUGAAAAAAGAUUGUAAAUUGACAUUUCGUUAAAUAGGAUCACGGACAAUGGAAGACAGUUUCAGAACAAGCUUUUCGUCUACAUAGGCUGCAACAUCGGGCUCUUCUGAAAUACUUCACUACUGGACCCCGAUCACUGAAUUUCAAUCUUUCAACCCAACUUUACCAAGACUUGACUGGGACCAGACAGUAUGGGGUUAAAAAGCUCCUACUGGCUUCUGACAUCUUUCUUGGUGAGCGGAACCUUUGCCAGGGAGACCAGCUCUGAGCCUGCUAGCCCAGACACAUCUCUCAGGCCUGUCCUGGCCAUAAUGGAGGACGAGAGGCAGACCAUGACCGAGGGUCAAUACAAAUGUCUUGAACUGUUCAGCCGAGAUCAGCAGCACAACAGAACAGGUGUGUUCUGUAGCCGUAUGUGGGAUGGCUUGCUGUGUUGGGAUGAGACUCCGGUGGGGACCUACGCCACACAGAACUGCCCAGACUACCCUGGCCUGGACAUCUCUGGAAAAGUGUCAAAAUAUUGUGAUGAAUCUGGUAAUUGGGUCCAAAGUCCCUCCAUUAAUAGGACCUGGUCCAAAUGUCUGACGCUCUCCAAUGACAAAUUAAAGAAUGUGACUCUCCAUGGUCUGCUAGAGCCAGGGUCUGUGGAGCCCACUGUGGAGACUCCAUUCAGCCAGAAUGUGACUCCCCAUGGUCUGCUAGAGCCAGGGUCUGUGGAGCCCACUGUGGAGACUCCAGUCAGCCCCAGGGUCAGUCAGGAGGAGGAGGAGAGGAAGAAGAUCAUUGACGGUCAAUACAAAUGCUUUGAGAAGAUGAACAGAGACCAGCCGUAUAACAAAUCAGGGCUGUACUGUAACCGGACCUGGGAUGGCUGGCUGUGCUGGGAUGAUACACCUGCUGGGACAGUCACCUGGCAGAACUGCCCAAACUAUUUUCGUGACUUCGACUCCACAGAAAAAGCUACAAAGACCUGUAGCGAAUCAGGACAGUGGUUCCGCCACCCAGAUUCCAAUAGGACGUGGUCCAACUACACGCUGUGUAACUUCCACACUACUGGCAAGCUGAAGAUGGCCUAUAUCCUGUACUACAUGGCGAUUGUGGGUCAUGCCUUAUCCAUAGCCUCCCUCCUGAUCUCUCUGGCUAUAUUCUUCUACUUCAGGAACCUGAGCUGCCAAAGGAUCACGCUUCAUAAGAACCUCUUCGUUUCCUAUGUCCUCAACUCCGCCCUAACUCUCAUCUACCUCAUAGCAGUGGUCAACAACACAGAUGUAGUGGAGAGAAAUCCAGUUGGCUGUAAGGUGUUGCACUUCUUCCACAUGUACAUGCUGGGCUGUAACUACUUCUGGAUGCUGUGUGAGGGGAUCUAUCUGCACACGCUCAUUGUGGUGGCUGUGUUCGCCGAGGAGCAGCACCUACACUGGUACUACCUCCUAGGCUGGGGGUUUCCCUUAGUGCCUGCAUCCAUUCAUGCCGUGGCAAGGAAGAAGUAUUUUGAUGACAACUGCUGGAUGAGUGUCGAGACCCACCUGCUCUACGUGGUCCACGGGCCCAUCAUGGCAGCGCUGCUCGUGAAUCUGUUCUUCUUGCUGAACAUCGUGAGGGUGCUGGUUACUAAGCUGAGGGACACCCACCGGGCAGAGUCUAACAUGUACAUGAAGGCAGUGAGAGCGACGCUGAUCCUGGUCCCUCUCCUGGGCAUCCAGUUUGUCAUCUUCCCCUGGAGGCCAGAGAACCGUCUGGCGGGGGAGGUCUACGACUACAUCAUGCAUAUACUAAUGCAUUACCAGGGAUUACUAGUGGCAACGAUAUUCUGCUUUUUCAAUGGCGAGGUGCAGGCAGCUCUGAAGCGACAAUGGAUUCAGUACAAGGCACAGUGGGGUCAGCGACGGAGGGACCACUGCUCCAUGCGCUCUACCUCCUACACCGCCACAUCAAUCACUGAGGUGCCCGCCUUCAUGUACCACCACGACUGCAACAGCGAACACUUAAACGGCAGACACACCUCUGAGGACUCUGAGCUGGUGGCUCUUAAGACAGGGGAGAUGUACGCCUGACAAGCGGGAGGCAGUCUGAGUGUGGGAGGAGAAAAGAUUUAGUAGAGGAAUCAAGAUGGAGACGUUUCUCUACUAUCUAACACGAAACAACCCAGCGGUCCCGCCGCGUUUCCACAUCUCAGAGACAGAACGAGGGGGUAAGCCCCAGACUGUGAAGGAGAAGACCGUGUGUGUCUGGACAGUGAUACAGUGAUACAGUAUCUCUCCCAUGACUUGGCCAACGAUGGCUGAUGCAUCUUUACAUGACAUUGCUGCUGCUGUGGCUGAUUUUAAAAACAUUAUAAGAUAUACAUGAAACGGGAGUCGAGUUUGAAAUGUGGCACGUCCUAAAGCUGCUAUUUGUGGCUGCUAUUUGUGGAGCUCUUCCUACACAUCAUGGGGACGUUGAGGAUGAUGUUGAUGAUAAUGAAAGUGUAUUGUUGCUUCAUCUAUACCAAAGGAUGUGUGGGUUCGGCUGCCAUAGGCAUGCACUGCGUGAACUGAAUCCAACACUGAAGCGACCGACAGUGUCCCUGACACAUGAGCUCAAAGGUUGACAACGGCUCCCUGUACCUAAGCUCUGGAAUCCUGUACAUAUUUGUUUCACCAGUUUCACUUUAAAAGUGUCAAGGGGUGUUUUAGAAGAUUCUAUUUUUCGGACUAAAUGUUUUUGUUCUUGUCAACGACUUGUUCUAUAAAUACCUGCUAUCUGUCCUGUGAAGCUAGUUAGCUCCGCCAGACUGCUUUGCUGUUCGUACAGCUGCUGACUGUUCUUGUGGUGUUUCUGUCACAAGGCCUGGAUUUAAAGAGUGCAGAAGAUACAGAACGCCUUGAUAUGGACUCAAAAGAGAGAGUUAAAAAGGAUUGAUUAACUUAAAAUAAAAAGUAAGAUAUGGAAUGACAUAGGUAACGCAUUUAGAAGCCAUUUUGAGUACCACAUGGCUCUAGAGGGGAGACUAAUUCAGUGAAAUAGUCUGUUGUUUACCGUGUCCAUUUGCCAAAAGGUCUAAAGUGAAGCUUGUAUGGCUACCGAAGAAUCUUUAUGUUUUGUGCUUAAAUUAAGGCCAUUUUAAUUAUGUUCAAAUGUAUUUCUUUUUCAAAUCGUUUAUGAAUCGAAAUAUAGGGAAUAAGGAGAGAAAAUGAGUAAAUACAUUAAGGCUACCUGCACAGUGUUGCUAUAUCAACAAUUAUAAUUUUCAAUACAAUUAUCUAAAUUGAAAACAUGAUUACCUCGAGGAAGUAUUUUCCUUCCAUUUUACAGAAUCUGUUAAAUCGUUCUAACUGAGGGCUAUUUCAAACAACUCUCUUGUGGUGAAUACUACAGAAUAUGUAUUUUCAUUCACCUACAGAUGUGGGAUCUUAAUUUGAGCCAGUUUGCUACAACAAGAAAAUAAUCCUGCAGCAACAGGAAAUGUACAUUUUUACAUAGAUUAUAAUGAAUAGACAAGGAUAAAUCAAGUCUGACAUUUCAAAGUUGAAAUGACAAACUUCAGAAGCAUUGUGACAAAUACAAUUUGAUUUAAUUUUAAACCCCAGGAAAGUUAAAAAUCUAAUUAAGAUCCUACAUCUGUAAUAUAUCAUGCCCUUAAAUUAUAAUGCUCUUGGAUCCUGAAUUAAAGUCUGAGGCAUUUCAGAAAGUGUCAUGUGGAAUCCUUUGCUCUUAGCUAAUCUGGUAGCGCAGGCUAAUUUCUAGGAGUGUGUUUCUGGUUUUGUGACACAAAGGCUGUCUUAAGGAGUCAGGAAUAGAAAAGCAAUCUCUUGUUUACCGUCACUGCUUGCAGGUGGUCUCCUCAACAAGCCCCUUCUGUUUCAUAGAAAUGUACAUUUUAACCUUCAAAUGUGUUCCUUUGUAAAUUGCACAACCAAAAUUGAUUUCUAGAAUGGACACUGAAAACCAUUGAAACUGAACGAAAUGGCUCAGCACACUGCUUUGUAUUGAGUUAAAAGAGAUAUGUGUGUGUGUGUGCGCUCGUGCAUGUGCGCGCGUGGGUGUGUGUUUAUCAGUGUGUAAAAUGCAGAUAAUGAUCCAUGAGCCUUGGGCCUUCUGAUGUCCAGAUUAAUCCCAUCUUCACAUGCUUUUUAAAGAUAGACAUCUGCUAGGAUUUAAGUCCAGUGGCUCUCAGAAAGGAAGAGCGGCUCUGGAGCAGCCCUGAUCUGGAUAUAACGUAGCAGUAUGUUACUGUAGACAGGUACAGGUACUUCAGUACCGAUGACAACCAGGGCCCUCAUUUAUAUAAAGAUUUGUACGCACAGAUGUAAUCCUAAAUUGUGCAUACAAUGCCAUUUAUAAAUGAGGCCCCAGGUGCCCAGAUUCAUUGCAGACUAGUCUGGACCUGAAUGCCGAAGACACAUUUUAUUUUGGGGACAAUACAGUUAAUUGUGUCAAUCUAAUUGAUUUUACAUCUUCAAAUUCUAUUAGGCCAAGAUAAAGUAAAUCUUUACACUUACGCCAAUGUUAAUACUGCUUCCAAUGUCUUUGCUGAUGUCGGGCCAGCAUGGAAGAUUUGACACGGUGACAAUCAGUUUUAAAAGUUAGAAGAAGGCCAUUUGAUGAGGUCUCUAACAGAUAAUUGUGUCUGUUUGAUUCCAGAGAAGGAUUUAACCAUUGUGAAGUGGAUUUAAAAAAGGUUUUGAUCCAUCCAUCUGUUGAGGUUUAUUUGUUCUGGAUAUGAAUAACAUGUUAAAGGUUUUUAUUUUAAGUUGGAGGAAUGUUAUCAUUUCUGUAUAUUUAGUAUGCUCAUGGCCAUGUUGUCCUGUGCCCAUGUCAACAUGACAGCAGAGUUUGUGUGUAUAAUAGAUGUGAAAUGUUUCAACCGCAGUUUUUGGUUGUUUUGUUCCGCUUGUGUUUGGCUCUCGACCUCUGAAGUGCUUUGUGUGGCGUUAUUUCAAAGAAAACAGUGUUUUGUAAAAUGCACAAAGUGACCAGCUGUUUGUUUAAAAGCUAUUUCAAUCAGAAAUAUAUUCCUAAAAGAUU